AUGGAGGGCGUGGAGCACAUGCUGGCGUCGCUGGCGCCGUCGGGGCCCGUGGCGGGGCCCGUGUGCGCGGAGGCGAACGGCAGCUUCGCGGUGGGCGAGCGCUUCAACCGCAGCUGCGAGGAGACGUGCGUGUGCGCCGAGGGCGGGCGCGCCGACUGCCGGCCGCGCUGCCAGCUGCCGCUCUUCCGACGCGGCUCGCGCCUGCUCGACGCCGCCUGCUACGAGAAGGAGGCCGCGCAAGACCCCUGCUGCGCCGUGCUCUUCCGGACGCAGUAA